AUGUCUGCCCAACGCAGUUUACCUUUCCACAAGAUACACAUUGCGCUUUCAUUAGCCAGCGCCGGUAUAAUAAGUAGUAUAUGUGACGCUCGUUUGAUUCUACCUGUGGGCAUAGGAGCCUUCCAUACCGCUGGUAGGCGCAUCUGUCUUCCAAGUGACAGAGAAUAUAGAGUAGAUGGUACGUUAUUGAAGCGUUACACAGGUUUUAAAAAAACCGCAUCAAGCGCAGAAGGUCUUCUAUUUACAAAUCGUACGUGCAAAAAAAAGUCACAUGUUCCGGUGCCAAUGUCUCUUGUUCAAACCAAAGAUGCAAUGACAGUCGCAGGUAAUCUACCGGGAUGGGCUCAGAAAGCCUUCAAAAUACAACACGACGCUUACGAAAAGAUAAGAGAGGCAUUUAUUCCAGAGUUGGGCGUGGCUGCUGUAAUUUAUAAGCAUAAAAUCACGGGGAUUUCCAUUAUUUCUUUGGCAACUGAUGCGUCGAGCGGUAAGGAGAUAUGUUUCGAUAUAAUUAUACCCACCCCGCCGUCAAACGAUUGCGGAUGCCCCCAUAUAUUGGAACACGCAGUGUUGGAAGGUUCAAAAAAAUACCCUAAUAAGGGUGGAUUCUCAAUCCUUCUCCAAGGGGGUUUCCAGAGUUUUGUUAACGCCUUCACAUAUAAAGAUCGCACAUCGUAUUUGUUUGCAUCUACCAAUGAGAAAGACUUUUACAUUACAGCUGAUUUCUACAUGAGCGCUGUUUUCCAGCCGAACGUAAGACAUGAUCCGAGAAUCUUCCGACAAGAGGCAUGGCAUUACAAAGUUUCAAAACAUGACCCAGUGGCGCAUUCUGACGAAGACCAUGGCAUAAUAUUACAUGACAGGCAUAUCAGUUAUGGAGGUAUAGUAUAUAGUGAAAUGAAAAAAGCGUACUCCGACCCACUUUCUAGGGCGCAAGAUUACAUUUAUCAAGGCCUCUACACAAACAGCUAUAGAUUCGACUCCGGCGGCGACCCAGAACAUAUAGUAAGGCUAAAUCACAAGGAAUUGGUGGAUUUCUAUGUAACGUAUUAUGGGCCCAAAACGGCAAAUAUUUAUUUUUAUGGUCCAGAUGAUGUCCUUAAGCGGUUAAACUUUGUGGAUAAUUUCUUAAAGGAAAGCAAAAUAAUAUAUAAAUCCGAUUUACACACGGCAACCAUAGAUACAGCUAAUAGUCAACUGUAUUCAGAAUUUUACAAAGAAUUAAAUGGUGUCAUCCAUGGCACAUUUGGAGCCACCGGGUGCGAGGGAGAAGAUUUACUCCUAACGGGUUGGUUAUUGGACCCUCAUGACAAUUCAAAUGCGAACGAUACAACAAAAGGAAGAUUUGAGAUAGACUCCGUUGAUGCUUUGGGCAUGGAAGUAUUAGAACAUUUACUAGUGGGCACAUCAGAGAGCUUUCUGUACAAAUCUCUAAUAAAAUCUGGGUUGGGUAAUAAAGUCGUUGGAUCAGGAUUGACGAAUUAUUUUAAACAAUCCAGUUUCGUCAUAGGCUUAGCAGGAGUUAACUGCGAAAAGUUUAAUUCUAAGGAAAAUGCCAGAUUGACAUUUGAGGAAGUUGUAAUGUCCACAUUCCAGAAGAUUGUAAACGAUGGUAUAAAAAAGGAGGCUUUAAAUGCAUCUCUGAACUACAUUGAAUUUCAAAUGAGGGAGCUAAACACGGGUUCAUUCCCCAAAGGACUAAUGCUAGUCAAUCUUAUGCAAUCGCAAUCACAAUAUGGCAAAGACCCCUUUGCACCUCUUUUUUUUGAUAGCAUAAUAAACGAACUGAAAGAAAGAUUGAUGAAAGACCCACUGUAUUUUCCCAAAUUGGUCGAAAGGCACUUUUUACAGAACAAACACAAAGUUACAGUUCACAUGGAAGCAAUUAAUCCGAAUGAAUUCGAAAAGAUCUCUAACGAAUCGACAAGGCACAUGCUGUUUAAAGCUUUAGGCAGAUUGAGUAGAAAAGAAGUGGAUCAUAUGGAAGGUGAAUAUUCCCGAUUCAAAAGUGAGUGUGAAGAGCCGGAAGAUCGUAAAAUUUCUGACAACCUCCCAACCUUAUCGUUAAAUGAUAUUGAGAGAGAAAAUGAGUUAAUACCAACUACUUACUAUGUAUUAGGUAGCUCGCUAACAUAUGUAGAAAAACCCCCAAUGGCACCUGGAAACAUUAUGGUAUUGUGUCACCCCAUUGAAACUCAGGGAAUCAUAUAUUUAGACCUUGCCAUAUCUUUGGAGGAUUUAACUUUGGACGAAAUCCGGUACAUGGAUAUAUUCUGCAGCAUGUUGAAGGAAGCCGGUACAUACGUAAUUUCGUCGGAAGAUUUGAGCUAUCGCAUUUCAGCUAAUUUGGGAGGGUUUGCGGCAACAUUUGCCUUUAUGCCACCGGCUAAUGGAAGGAAACACAGUAAAAGACAGGGCGCUUUAGGAUAUCUCUACGUAAGAUCUAAGGCUUUGAAAGGCAAGGAGAAUGACAUGAUUGAUAUUAUCGUUGACGUUCUGAAAGCUAGCAACUUCGGCAACAUGAAAAAAGGAUUAGAAAUAAUCAGACGCAAGAUUAAUCAAAUGGAGACAGAUCUAAUAUCUGAGGGACAUAAGUUUGCCUCCAGGAGACUUAUGAAGGGGUUUUCGGUUACUGAUUAUGCCACUGAAGUAUCUAGUGGGUACGAAUAUCUGCAAACAUUGAAGAAAGAAAUCCACCCAACAGCUGAAACAGAUUGGUCCCGUGUAGAAACAAAAUUAGAAAACAUUAGGUUAAAGCUUCUCCAGUCGAAAAACCUAAUAGUGAACGUAACAGCCAGCGCAGAUAUCAGCAAACAGUGGUUAGAACAAGAUAGUGGAAAUUUAUCACGCCAGCUGAGAAGCAUAUUUGUGUCUCCACAUCACGUCGAACCUCAGAAAAGCUGGGCUGCGGAGAUUGUAGAAAAUGGAGAUGAUUGUAGUCAUAACGAGGUUAUUGUUGCACCUACAAAAGUGAACUUUGUGGGUAUGGGAGGCCCGUUGUUUAAUGAAGAACCCAUCAGCGGCGCCGAUGAUUUGGUGUUGCACUACUUAACUUCGUCUUAUCUGUGGAGGCAAGUACGAAUGUCUUUGGGUGCAUAUGGCGUAUUUUGCAAUCUAUCGACAUGCGGUGAUAUCGUAUUCAUGUCUUAUGCGGAUCCUAACUUCAACGAAACUCUGCAAGUUUUUAAAAAUGUCCCAAAUGCUAUCGAAGAAGUGCUAAGAACGCUAGAAGAUAAAGAGUUAUUACGUCAAAAAAUAGGGAAGAUCAGUAGUAUCGACAAACCUUUGUCUGCAGAUAGCAGGGGAUUUCUUGCUUUAAAUCGCGUUAUAAGGGGGGAAACGGACGCUGAUAGACAGCUAUAUCGAGAAGACAUUUUAGAUGCAAGUGUGGAUUGUUUCACUAGAUUGUACGGUAAGAUGAGGAGUACCAACGAAUGGCACAAGGUGUGUGCUGUUGUUAGUAGGACCACAGCAGAAACGCUGCCCAAGACUUUCAUUCAAUUGAACUUGACGAAAUAA